CUAUCGUAACUAAAAUCGUUGAAAAGUAUAAUCUCAGCCCCGAGAUGAGUGUGACCGAUCUCAGUCAAUACACGUCAGAGUUUCUCGAAAAUCUUGCUGAUGAUAGAAAAAGAAAUCAGGCACGAAGGCGUCUUCGAAAAGGAUUCAAAUUUACCAGUGAGCAGAAAAAUGUUCAACCCAAAAGCAAAACCACGCACAAAGUGCCCUGUUCCACAGUAAACAUUGUUAUUUCUAAUCGGGUCCCACGAGAAACAAUUGGAGAGAUGGCGCAUCGGUUUUUACGGGAUAAACUUAGUAUUCGGGAUAUAAGAGCUGAAGCUUAUGCCUUGGCCCUAUCAGCAAAAAAUGCUAAUGCUG